AUGGAGGCCAGCAAUCCUGCAGGCUGCAUGCAGUGUUUCUGCUUUGGUAUCUCACAGAACUGUCGAAGUGCUGGAUGGGGACAGUCACAAAUUUCCAGUCUGGAAGGCUGGAGAGUGACAGAUUUGAGAGGAAAGAAAUAUGUUGUCCCCAGUCUAGAAAAUGGUCGCCUGACAGUUGAUCAUGAUAAUACAGAAGUUGCAGGACUGAAUCCAGUGUAUUAUUGGCAUGCUCCAGCCCCAUAUGCUGGCAGCAAGGCUAACUUUCUUGGUAACAAGCUUGCCUCCUAUGGUGGUAACUUGACCUAUUCCAUGUACUAUGUGGUCCAGCGAUUAGAAGAUGUCAACACAGCUUACACUGCAGACUUGGAUGUAAUAAUGGAAGGAAAUGAGCUGCUGAUUGGCUAUGGAGGCCGGUACUACAGGGAAGGACUGGAGAACACUAUGCAAGUCUUCAUGACAGAACGGGACUGGUAUCACGUUGAUCCUGACACAGGGUUACCAAAACAACAGAUUGUUACCAGACAAGAAUUCAUGACUGUGUUGGCCAACAUUGAGCGCCUCCUGAUACGAGCGUCCUAUCACAUCCACCAGACACAGAUUCAAUUUCUUGAUAUGGCCAUGGAUGUGGCUGUGGAGAACUCUACCUCACCCUCUAUCAUGUCCUCUGUAGAACAGUGUUUUUGUCCUAGAGGAUACUCAGGCUUGUCUUGUGAGGUGUGUGAGCGUGGACACCGUCGUGUGAACGAUGUGCUGUAUGGUGGAAUUUGUGAGCAGUGUAAUUGUAAUAACCAUGCUGAUACCUGUGAGGCUUCUAGUGGGCUCUGUACUAGUUGCAGAGACAAUACUGUAGGACCACAUUGUGAGAAUUGUGAAUUUGGUUAUUAUGGCAAUGCUACUAGAGGCACUCCCAAUGAUUGCAGACCAUGUGCUUGUCCUUUGGCAAUCAGCACCAAUAACUUUGCAUCGAACUGUAUGGCAGCUCCCCCUGGCUCUCAGGAAGAGUACUUCUGUGUGUCUUGCCCUGAUGGCUAUAUUGGAAACCAUUGUGAAAUGUGUGAUGAUGGUUACUUUGGUAACCCCUUGGUCCCAGGCAACUAUUGUCAGCCUUGUGCUUGCAGUGGUAACAUCAAUCCCAACGCGGUAGGCAAUUGUGAUCGUAUGACAGGACAGUGCCUCAAAUGCCUCUUUAAUACUGAAGGCUGGAACUGUGCACAAUGUAAACCAGACUAUUAUGGGAUGGUGUAUGGAAAGGGAUGUAAAGAGUGUGACUGUAACCAGUAUGGGUCUACAGGUACUUCCUGUGAUCAGAGGUCAGGCCAGUGUUCCUGCAGACCAUACUAUGAAGGCAGGGCAUGUGACUCUUGUGUGGCUGGCUAUGGUAACAUUAUAGCAGGUUGUCCUAGGUGUAGCUGUAACUUGACUGGGUCUGUGUCCAACCUGUGUGACCAAGUCAGUGGACAGUGUCCUUGUAAAAAUGGUGUGGGUGGUCAGUACUGUGGCUCAUGUCUGCCUGACCACUGGGAGUAUUCUGAGGAAGGGUGCAAAGCCUGUAAUUGUCACCUGAAAGGUUCUAAUGACAGCCAGUGUGACUUGGUGACAGGGACAUGUACCUGUCAACCUAAUGUGAUCGGAGACAAAUGUGACCAGUGUGAGAUCAACUACUAUGACUUAGACUCUGGCAAUGGCUGUCAAUCAUGUGACUGUGAUGUGACAGGUUCCACCUCACUGCAGUGUGAUUUGACCAGUGGUCAGUGCCCCUGUAAGCCAGGAGUGACUGGACAGAAAUGUGAUCAGUGUAGACCAGGAUACUAUGGAUUCUCUUCAAAUGGCUGCACAGAAUGUCCUGUGUGCCCUGUGGCUGGGCAGGUGUGUGACGCAGUGACAGGAGAGUGUGUGUGCCCCACCAAUACUGAGGGUGACAGGUGUGAGCGCUGUGUGCCAGACACCUGGGGACAUGAUCAGCUGUUAGGAUCAAUGCAACUGUAA